GAUAGACGAAGGAUGCGCCUGUACCCUAAUCGAGACGGAGAUAACGGAAAAACUAGGUAUCGAUGGCCCCUCGGACGAGCUAUGCCUACGCUGGACUGGAGACAUCACGCAGAGAGAAUCUCAAUCCAAAUGGAUAAGCCUAGCGAUCUCUCCAAGGGACAAUGUGGCUCGCAGAUUCACGCUUCAAAACGUGAGAACAGUAAAAAAAAACUGGAUCUGCCGAAGCAGACGCUGGACGACUGGACUCAAUCCCAUUCGCACCUGGAAAAGCUACCGAUAGUCAGCUACAAGGACGUGAGAGCGUCAUUGAUCAUCGGAUUGGACAACGUGAAACUUGGAGUGCCACUGACUGUCAAAGAACGCGAGAAUUCCGAACUUAUCGCCGCCAAGUCAAGGUUGGGGUGGUCUGUUUAUGGCCGCAGAAAGGGCGACGGGCCAGCGAGUCCGCGGGUAAUGCACACGCGGUUGGCAUAAACAUGGCGAAGAGCACACUCAGGUCCAAAGAGGACGAAAGAGCAAAAACAAUACUGGAAAAUUGCACGAGGUUUAGCAGCGAAAUGAAGAGAUGGGAGACAGGACUCCUCUGGCGGUACGACAACGUGGAACUUCCUUCUUCCAGAGAGAUGGCAAUGCGACGACUUCGGUGCCUAGAAUCUCGUAUGACACGCGAUAAAGUGCUACGAGAGUUCGUAAACGAACAGAUGAAGAGGUACGAAGACAUCGGCUACGUCCGAAAACUCAAAAAAGAUGAAAUGUUCGAAGGCAAACGUUCCUGGUAUCUGCCCGUAUUCGUGACUAAGAACCCGAACAAAGCCAAAUUAUGACUCGUGUGGGAUGCAGCAGCCAAAGUGGAAGGCAUCGCUCUAAAUUCAAUGCUACUAAAGGGCCCCGACCAAUUGCGAUCGCUGGUAGGAGUAAUAUCGCGCUUUCGAGAGAAGUCUAUUGGCAUCUGCGGAGAUAUUAGAGAAAUGUUUCACCAGGUUAGGAUACGUUCGGAGGAUCAAAGCUCACAGCAGUUUCUCUGGAGAUAUGGUCACACCAGUCGAGAACCGGAUAGGUACGUAAUGAGCGUAAUGACCUUUGGUGCUUCUUGUUUCCCAGCAGCAACGACCUACGUGAGAGAUAGGAACGCAGAAAGGUUCAUCAAGGAACAAAGAGAGGAAGUAGAGGCCAUAUUUCGCAACACCUUUAUAGAUGACUGGCUCUAAAGCUGUGACUCAGAAGACGAAAUGGUCCAUCUAGCGCUGGCAGUGAGGAACAUACACAAAGAAGUAGGCUUCGAGAUGAGAGGAUGGAUAUCUUACUCGAGCACCGUGAUGAGAGCGCUCUCAGGAGAUGGAGAUCAUCAAGAACGACCCAUCGAGAUGACGGACUCGACAAGACGAGAACGAGUGCUUGGUAUGUGGUGGCAUCCAAGGAAUGAUUACUUCACCUUCGUCAAUAAGUUUCGGAAUGACAUAUACGACGAAACGAAAACUGUGACGAAGCGGUCAAUUCUACGUACAGUCAUGACCAUCUUCGAUCCCUUAGGACUAUUGGGGUUCUAUAUUAUACAGGCAAAGAUAAUACUGCAGGACGUGUGGAGGUCGGGCGUAGGCAGGGAUGAACAGGUCCAAGAAAGCGAACGGCUCUUCUACGACAAGGAAGAAUCGUGAGUAAGAAAAGUUCGAUCUACAAAUUAUCGCCGUACCUCGAUGAAACAGGCGUACUGAGAAUAUGCGGCCGCAUAGAUAAGUCGAUCGGCAUAACGAGGAACCUGAAACGGCCAGUAAUUCUACCCGGAGGACAUAACGUCACUAAUCUUUUCAUUGAUUAUUUCCAUCGGAAGUUUCAACAUCAGAUUACUGAGAUCGUCGUCAACGAGAUGGGAAGCUUACCACCAGAGAGGCUAGCAAUCAACGAAUUGCCAUUCACAAACACAGGUAUCGACUACUUCGGACCACUGGAGGUAAACGUAGGAAGACGACGCGAGAAACGAUGGGCAGUACUAUUCACGUGCCUCACCGUGCGAGCAGUACACAUCGAGCUGGCAAACUCCCUGUCAACAGACGCCUUCAUGCUAACAUUGGAAAUGUUCGUAGCCCGUCGAGGAGUACCCAAGAGAAUUGUGUCGGACAACGGGACGAACUACCGAGGAGCCAGCCGCUUACUACGAGAAGAAAUUGAAAGAAUUCUACCGAACGAACUGGAAACCAAGUACCCGCAAAUAGAAUGGUCCUUCAUACCCCCAGGAGCACCCCACAUGGGAGGUGCGUGGGAAAGGAUGAUCAGAUCGGUGAAAUCCAUACUAGCCGAAAUAUUAGAGGAGACACACGUACAAGAACCAGUGCUGAGAACAGCACUAGCAAGGAUAGAAAAUAUGCUAAAUUCCCGACCCCUGACUUACGUGCCGUUGGAGUGUCCGGAAGCCGACGUACUUACACCGAAUCACUUUCUGAGAGCGGAGACCAGCUCGAUGGCAGCAAAGAGCGACAGCAGCGCAAUAGGAGCUAUGCUUGAUCGUGGACAGCUUUAGAAAACGAUGGCUGAAGGAGUACCUACCGUGCCUGACGCCACGAACCAAAUGGCAUGGACCCCCAAUCAACCCUCGGAGACGUCGUGGUUCUAGCGGACGAAACAAGCCCCAAGGUGCAGUGGAGGAAAGGCGUCAUCAUGGACCUUCGAGUAGCCAAGGACGGGAUCGCCCGAAGCGCGGUGAUCCGCACUGCAUCUGGACUGCUAACUCGGCCAAUAGCUAAACUGGCCAAGUUAGACGUGAGGACAACGAACCCACUAGUGGAUCAAGGCGUAACCAGAAGUUUGGCAAACAUCACCACAAGCGACGAAGUUUGCGAAGGGGGGAAUGUUACGGCAGAAACCGCAGUGGCAGCUCUAAAUAUCACUGCGUCUAACAGCUCUAAAUAUCACUGCGCCUAACAGCACAGACGUUAACAGCACAAACAUUAACAGCGCCGAGCAAAGGGUUAAUCAGGGCGAACGGCAGCUAUAGGCCAGGAAGAGGAAGAACGAAAAGAAGGCAGCGGAAAAAGUUAUGAAGCGGUACAAGUUUUUUAGCUCUGGCAACUCUUGCAACAGUUCUGGUUUCGUAGCUCGAGAAUCUGUCAGGUAGUCGUUUAAUUAAAAAUUCAUGAGCCUCUCUCAAACAAAAUGUGGGGUGUCUUGCAAAAACAUCGAUGUUUCAGAAAAAACAUCGACCACCGGACGCUACAAGCGGCAACCUACACCUCGCUUUCUGGUAAGGAAGGCUGACGGCUCAUAGGCAAGAACAGCAAUGGACAGAGUGGAGGCUUUUGCGACGAACUUGGAAGAAAGAAUAACACCAUUCCGGACGACAUCUAGUAGAAGAGCAAUGAUGGUCUCUGAGAGGCUGAAUGAGACCCACCAGAUGGAGGUCCCUGUGGCGCCAAUCACUUUUCAAGAAAUCUCGAAAGACAUAAAGAAACUCAAGUCCAAGAAGGUCCUUGGCGACGAUAGGAUUGACAAUGUUGUGGCAAAGGCGCUACCAAACAGCGAUUCUGUAUCUGUUGCUAAUCUUUAACGCGUCGCUGAGAUUAGCAUACUUUCCCAAAGCCUAGAGAUGUGCCAACAUAAUCAUGUUGCCAAAUCCAGAAAAGCCACCGGACCUCAACAGACCUCAACAACAAUAGAUCAAUUAGUCUCAUUUCAACUUUUGGCAAAAUGAUUGAGCGAUGCAUCCUACGAAGGGUAAUGGAGUCGCCGCGGCACACCCAAAAAACUGCACAGG